AGUUUUGAUUGGUGUAAAAUAUUCUAAUUCGAUCGUAUCUCUUUGCUGGCUCUAAAUUUAUAGACGAUGAAUUAAGUUUAUUACGCUGAAUUAUGUUGAUUAGAAGGGUUUGGUGGCCGAGCAAUCGACCCUCGAUAAGAAGAGAAGUCCAGUCUGGUCUCCAUUCACGAGCCCGAGUGGAACGCGGGAAUGGGAUCCGCUGGUGCGGAGGCUAAACCCUACCUCCCAAGUCCCGACCCGAGAAACGAGGGGUGCGUCCCGCGCGACUUCCUCCGCCUCCAGCUUACUAACACUGAAUGACGCUCCGUCCGCCGAUCUCGUUCCCUUCGCCCUUUCCUUUCUGUUACCGUCUCCGGCGAAGAAGAGAAGAUGUUGGUGGGUGGCGUUUCGAGGCGAUGAGUCGCUUCCGUAAUGCGAUCCGCUGGCGCUUGUCGCUGCGCUUCCUCCUCCCCUGCUUCGCAACUCUUUGCCCUCUAUUCUCAGGAAAAUAUGCUGCACACUCACAAGGAGUUGAUAAGAUCUCACAAUUGGACAUUAAAGCCUCAGAUCACAUGAAAUAUACCUUUAUUAAGGUCCUUGAUGACCAUGGGCCAGCAGGAGUUGUCAUCUGGACAGGAGGGUUCUGUUGCCUCCCAUGAAACAAGCCAGCCUCAACGCAUCAAAUUUAAAAGGCUUGACAAAACUGCAAAGCAUAUUAUGAAUAUUUUAGAUAACGAAGCAGUGGACAAAGUGCAAACUGAGAGAGAAAUUCCUGACAUAAGACCUGGGUAUAUCGUCGAGCUGAAAGUGGAGGUGCCUGAGAACAAGCGUCGAACAUCCAUCAUAAAAGGCAUCGUCAUAGCAAGGCGGAAUGCAGGUCUGAAUACCACAUUUAGAUUGCGUAGAUUGGCAGCUGGCGUUGGGGUUGAAUCCGUCUUCCCUUUAUACUCUCCGAACAUCAAGGAGAUGAAAGUCGUAGACAAGAAGAAAGUGAGGAGGGCAAAGCUUUAUUACCUCAGGGACAGGAUGAAUCCACUCAAGAAAUGAUGAUCUUAUCACCAGUUUGUUGUUAUUCUACUAGUUCAUAGUCCUCAUGUUAUCGAUUGUAUCAAGUUCCUAAUUUGGUAUUUGGCAUCUGAAGAGAUGUGGGUUUACUAUUGUUCGUUUUAA